UUUCAAACGUGAACAGGGGGUUUUGUCUCCUGUUUGGAACAGACGGAGAAGAGGGUACGCACUUUUGGGAUAAAGUGGCGAGACAAUUAAAUGGACAACCCUGAAACUAGUCCUGGGUUUGGUGUGAUCUGAAGGCACAUCACUGGGAACAUUAAUAUUUAAACUUCUUUCGUUGACUUGGAGUAACGGAGGACCGCGAAUCCAUACACCACAGCCCAUUGUGUGUGUGUGCUGCUACCCGAUUGCUGGCUAUCAUCUAGCUAUCUAUAUUCACUUUGGAGUGGACUUGGGAACUGCAGACGGCUAACAUAGCUGGCGCAACUAGUGAGAAACAGUCGGAAAUACGCCGGUUAACAGGCAGUUAUAGCUCAAUCAACUAGUUACAGUUUUUUUUCUGUUAGAACAAUUAUGGGAAGUGGCUUGACUUAGUUCGUGCUUGCUAAUCAGGUACCUAACAGUCUUAAUGAUGUUUAAGAAAAAACUUAAUUUACAGGUAAUUAGCUAGCUAGCUAGCUGGGUGGCUGUAACAUUAAUAGUUACCUAAGUAACGCAGCCUGCAAGAAGAAGGAAGCGGGUGACUGUAUAAAGACAUACUUUAACUGAACGUUUAUUUGAUCUGUAAGUGGCUGACUGAUGUUGAUGCCAUUUCUCUAUGGGAUACCCGAGGCUAGCCACUAGUCGUCUGUGGUCACCUUGCAUUAGUUAGGUAUCUAUCUAAGGACAGUAGAUAGUUACUUUUCCCACACUGACACCGCGUAAAACGUUAAUCCAGUAAACUCGUGUAAGCCGGCUAGGAUGAGCAUGCAUCUAGAGAGCGUGGGACAUCAUAGCUAGCGAUGUACAAAUAAAACUAUCACUGUAACUAGCUCGGGACAUCAGCUACCAGUACCAAUAGCUAGUUAACUAACUACCUUGCAGAAUUUCGCUAACGUAGCUAGUUAGCUAGCUAGCUAGGACAUUGACAGAAAAAAGAUAGGUCAGUCAAUUAACGUUAGUUAGCUAGCUAGGUAGCUAUCUGAGCAGGUAACUUGGCUCUAACGUCAGCCGAUGUGUGCUGCUAGCUAAGGUAACUUAGCUACCCAUCUCCAAUACAAUCUUCGCGUUUUCCUUUACAACAACGAAAUCAUGGACUUGUCGGUGAUGGAUUCACUACCAGUACAUGGGAUGUAUCCCGGAGGUGUGUCCGGCGUGGAACAGGACUCUACAGCCGAUGACACGGACUCUUUCCACGGGGGACUGAUGUCCUUGGACCCUCUGGUGGAUCGGAUCCUCCUGGACUCUGUAUGUCAGCAGCAAGGAUGGGUUCGGGUAUAUGAUGUGAAGGGCCCGCCAACGCACCGGCUGUCCUGCGGUCAGUCCCCCUACUCGGACACCAGCAUGUGGGACAGGAAGUACUGCAUCCUAACAGACAGCCAGCUCAUCCUGCUCAACAAGGAGGAAGAGAUGCCGGUGGAGGUGAUUCAUGAGAGCCCCACGGAGUCGUCCAAGGGCAGGAGCCUGCGACGGACCGUCAGCGUGCCCUCCGAGGGACAGUUCCCCGACUACCAGGCAGAGGGCGCCACCAAGCUGGAGGUGUCGGCCGAGAGGUCUCCCAGGAGGCGGAGCAUAUCAGGACUGGGGAGCGCGGAGAAGAACAUCUCCAUGGAUGGGCCUAACUCCUCCCCCUUCAAAGUGCCGGGAUUCUUCAGCAAACGCCUAAAAGGAUCCAUCAAGAGGACGAAGAGCCAGACCAAACUGGAUCGCAACACCAGCUUCCGCCUGCCCUCGCUCCGGCCUGCUGAAGGCGACAGGACCCGAGGCCUGCCCAAGCUGAAGGAGUCGCGCUCCCAUGAGUCUCUGCUUAGCCCGGGCAGUGCGGUGGAGGCCCUGGACUUGGGCAUGGAGGAUGACGUGUUCAUCAAACCCCUGCACAGCAGCAUUCUGGGACAGGAGUUCUGCUUUGAGGUGACGUACUCCGGUGGUAGCAAGUGCUUCAGCUGUUCGUCGGCUGCGGAGCGGGACAAGUGGAUGGAGAAUCUGAAGAGGACGGUUCAGCCCAACAAGGACAACUGCCGGCGGGCGGAGAAUGUGCUUCGCCUGUGGAUCAUCGAGGCCAAGGACCUGCCGCCCAAGAAGAAGUACUUCUGCGAGCUGUGCCUGGACGACGUGCUGUACGCCCGCACCACCAGCAAGACCAAAGCGGACAGCCUGUUCUGGGGCGAGCACUUCGAGUUCUGCGGCCUGCCGCCCGUCCGCAGCGUCACCGUCCACAUUUACAAGGACGUGGACAAGAAGAAGAAGAAGGACAAGAACAACUACGUGGGCCUGGUCAACAUCCCCAUGAGCGGCGUGACGGGGCGGCAGUUCGUGGAGAAGUGGUACCCGGUCAGCACCCCCACCACCAGCAAGGGCAAGGCCGGCGGGCCCUCCAUCCGCAUCAAGUCCCGCUUCCAGGUCAUCUCCAUCCUGCCCAUGGAGCAGUACAAGGAGUUCGCCGAGUUCAUCACCAACAACUACACCAUGCUGUGCUCGGUGCUGGAGCCGGUCAUCAGCGUCAGGAACAAGGAGGAGAUGGCCUGCGCCCUGGUGCACAUACUGCAGAGCACGGGAAGGGCCAAGGAUUUCCUCACAGAUUUGGUGAUGUCAGAGGUGGACCGCUGCGCAGACCACGACGUGCUCAUCUUCAGAGAGAACACGCUGGCCACCAAAGCGAUAGAGGAGUACCUGAAGCUGGUGGGACAGAAGUACCUGCACGAUGCACUAGGAGAGUUCAUCAAAGCGCUGUAUGAGUCCGACGAGAACUGCGAGGUCGACCCCAGCAAGUGCUCCAGCAGCGAGCUCUCCGAGCACCAGAGCAACCUGAAAAUGUGCUGCGAGCUGGCUUUCUGCAAGAUCAUCAACUCCUAUUGUGUGUUUCCGCGGGAGCUGAAGGAGGUGUUUGCGUCCUGGAAGCAGCAGUGUCUGUCCCGGGGGAAGCAGGACAUCAGCCAGCGCCUGAUCAGCGCCUCACUCUUCCUGCGCUUCCUCUGUCCCGCCAUCAUGUCCCCCUCGCUCUUCAACCUCAUGCAGGAGUACCCCGACGACCGCACCUCUCGCACCCUCACCCUCAUCGCCAAGGUCAUCCAGAACCUGGCCAACUUCGCCAAAUUCGGGAACAAAGAGGAGUACAUGGCCUUCAUGAACGACUUCCUGGAGCACGAGUGGGCAGGAAUGAAGCGUUUCCUCAUGGAGAUCUCCAGCCAAGACACUAUCUCCAACACACCUGGCUUCGAAGGCUACAUCGACCUGGGCAGGGAGCUGUCAGUCCUGCACUCUCUCCUCUGGGAGGUGGUGUCCCAGCUGGAUAAGGGUGAAAAUUCCUUCCUGCAGGCGACGGUUGCCAAGCUGGGCCCUCUGCCCCGCAUCCUGGGCGACAUCGCCCGCUCGCUGUCGAGCCCCACCCCCAUCCAGCAGCAGCUGCGCCGCUUCCAGGACCACAGCUCCUCCCAGAACAUCAGCGGCAGCAUCUCUUCGGGCCUCCAGAGGAUAUUCGAGGACCCGGCUGACAGUGAACUACACACCAUCAAGUCCCCGGUGCAGGAGCACAUGGAGAGCUACUUCCGCGCGAAGCCGCCCCUCCUGGGCCAGCAGUCGUCCACACAGAGCAUGAGCUUCUCCGACAAGGAGGAGCGGGAGAACCUGCUGCCCAACGGGCGCAGCGUCUCCCUAAUGGACCUCCAGGACUCGCACCUGAGCCCGGGCGAGCGUGUGGGCCUGCACGACGCCACCGCCGCCCGCCUGGGCCGCGCCGGCUCCCAGCUGUCCGUGGGGGGGCCCGUCCCGCUGGCCCCCCACCACCCGCUGCUCCCCAAGCCGGUGCUGCGGGACAACCUGCCGCAGAGCGCCCCGCAGGUGCGGCGGCCCCUGCACCCGGCCCUCAGCCAGCAGAGCAGCCUGCAGCCGCUGUCAUUCCAGAACCCGGUGUACCACCUGAGCAACCCGCCGGGCCCACCGGGCCUGCCGGCGCCGCCCACGCAGCCGGACUCCAGCUCGGAGAACCUGAGCACCGAGAGCUCCCGCAGCCACAGCAACUCGGAGGACUUCGGCGCGGGCGUGGGCGGCGGCGGGCCCGGGGGGAGGCUCAGCGCCCCCUCCAACAGCAGCAUGGAGGACUUCAGCCGGCGCAGCACGCAGAGCGAGGAGUGCGGCACGCCGCGCCGGCUCCCGCCCGGCACGCAGCCCGCCGCCACGCCGCGCCAGAGCACCGCCGGCACCGCCCACGUGGUGCGGGUGGAGCAGCAGAGCCGCGGGGGCGGGCCCGGGGCCGGCGGCGGGGGCGCGCGCACGCCCCGCUCCCUGCCCCACAGCGCCUCACUGCGCAGCGGCAGCAGCGCCAACGCCGAGCUCGUACACCUCAGCGGCCGCUCCCGCCAGCAGUCCACCUCCUCCAGGGACAGCCCUGUGCCCCGGCCCAGGGGACACAAGCAGCAGCCCGCGCAGCAGGUGCAGUCGCCGGUGGAGUCUCUCUCCAUGUCCCCAGUGGAAAGGACGGCCGCCUGGGUGCUGAACAAUGGGCAGUAUGAGGAUGAGGAGGACGCCGAAUGCCGAGACGACAGCAAGCACGCGGAGAAGUACGAGCAGGAGAUCUCCAAGCUGAAGGAGCGGUUGCGGGUGUCGGGCCGGCGGCUCGAGGAGUACGAGCGCCGCCUGCUGGCCCAGGAGCAGCAGAUGCAGAAGCUGCUGCUGGAGUACAAGAGCCGGCUGGAGGAGAGCGAGGACAGGCUGCGGCGCCAGCAGGAGGAGAAGGACAGCCAGAUGAAGAGCAUCAUCUGCAGACUGAUGGCCGUGGAGGAGGAGCUGAAGAGGGACCACGCAGAGAUGCAGGCCGUCAUAGAUGCCAAGCAGAAGAUUAUCGACGCCCAGGAGAGGAGGAUCAGCUCCCUGGACGCCGCCAACUCCCGACUCAUGAGCGCCCUCACACAGGUCAAGGAGCGCUAUAGCGUGCAGAACCUGCGAAACGGCAUCUCCCCCACCAACCCCACCAAGCUGUCCAUCACCGAGAACGGAGAGUUCAAGAACAGCAGCUGCUGAUCGCUCCCGCGGCAACCUCCCCCCCGCUUCCGAUCAAAAUGGUGGACGGGGGGGGCACCGAGCACUGGCACCUUGCGCUAACUCUCUCCGAACCCACUAUAUACAUCCUCUGAAUGUCUGUCCCAGAUAGAAGUGUAUAUAUCAAUAUCUUGUAUUGGUCUUGUACAGAGAUAAAAUGUAAGAUACUGCCAUGGAGAAAGGAAGGUCUUUUGCUUGUUAGAUAUUGUAAUGAGUUUAGUGAAUUUGUGUUUUAUU